UGUCAAUGUCAACGGCUGACAGCGUUGGCGUUAUUAGAAAGCUUGUGUUGCUGCUGCGCACCUAUUAACUCGUUUUUUCAUAUUUUCAAAAUAAUUAUAUUGCUUUAAAAUUCGCAAAUAUGACGUUAAAUCUGGGUAGGAAAGAUGGUGGGCCUGGUUAUGUCGGCAUUCAGUUUUGCCAAGAGUGCAACAACAUGCUUUACCCGCGCGAAGACAAGAACAACAAAGUUUUACUUUAUGCCUGCAGAAAUUGUGACUACAAGCAGCUUGCCGACUCCAACUGCGUGUAUGUGAACAAAAUUAUGCACGAAGUGGACGAGUUGACGCAUAUAAACCCUGAUGUGGUGAGCGACCCCACGCUGCCUCGUACCAAGGAUCACAUGUGCCCAAAGUGUAACCACAGGGAAGCGGUGUUCUUCCAGGGCCAGACCAGACGCGCUGAGGAGGAGAUGAGGCUUUACUACGUGUGUACAAGCUGUAAGCAUAGGUGGACUGAGUGAAAAGUGUGGAUUUCUGUAAUUUUAAGAAUAAAAUGUUUAAGAAGA